UGUGAGGCGAGGCUGUCAGCUAGACAGAGAGCGACUUCUGCUCGGUUUGAGGAAACCUAAACAAAGUUAAACAUCAUAGAAACCAGAGGAAACAAAGAGAGGAAACCCCGACAGAAGAAAUAGGGGUUUAUUCUAAACUUCCGGUGAGAAAGUGAGCAGAAAAACAAAGCGGCUGCAGCUUCGCUCUGCAGGAUGUGAGAGAACCGCAGCAGAACCGCUCUGAAGAUCAACAGACGAGGCGCUGCAGACAAACAUGUCUCUAUUCUUCUCUGGAGCCGUAACAAGUUCUCCUAUAAAGCGAAGGCUUCGUGGGAAUCACUCCUGUCAGAGCCUGGAUGCCUCCCUCCUCUCCCCCGACUCCUCCUACGUCUGUUACUCCUCCUCGGACGCCGGCGCCCCGUGCUGCUGCCGCCGCUCUCCGCGCCUCCUCACCAACGGCUACUACGACGUCACUGAGGACAGCUUCUGCUUGGACGAGGAUGGCAACGUGUCGCUGACAGGCUGCAGGACCAAUGUGUCCUACAAGGAGAACCUGGUCAGAGUCUUUAGACGCAGGCGGAGACCCCGCAGGUCUCUGGUUUCUCUGCUGAGUGAUGUCACAGAGAGCUGCCAUUCAUGGCUGGACCAGAAAGUCUUCAGAGGGAUGUUGGGAACCGGACACAGACAGAACCUGGAUCUGGAUCAGGAUCUGGACCUCGACUGGCCCCAGAUCAGCCAGGAGGGGUCGUCUCCUCUGGACAAGUCUCUGUGGUCUGGACUGAACAGCACCGAGCUGGACGACAGCCAGAGUUUCACGUACGAUCCCACGGAAGCUCCACCUCCUCCGGACAAAGAAGCUCCUCGGAAGCUCCUAAUCCAGGAGGAGAUCUGCUCCGAGAUCUGUCAGUCCAAGGAGCGCCUCACCCAAUCACUGGGCAGCCUCUCUGAAGUCCCGCCCCCUCCUGCUAUCUACAGCUGCUGCUGUCAGACGUCACCUGAGCCCACAGGUCUAACGAUGAAGGCUCUCCUCCUCAUCCUCUUCAUCAUCUUCAUCCUCAGUGGCCUCUGCUCAGGGUGUUUCUGGUGGAGCGCAGCCGUGACGUCGGCCAUGUUUGCUAUGAUGUCAGCAGUGAUGUUUGUGACAAAGUCUGGACCAAUGGGUGAGUGGAGGAAAGCGAAGACGGAGGACAUCACCUCCAGAAACGAGUGAGACAAAAUCUCCAUCACCUCCAGAAACGAGGACAAAAGAGAAAGCUGUCUGUUGGUGUGUCACUUAGAGUUUGUAGUCAGGUUGGACAGUAAGGUCAACAUGUUCUGAGCUUUGGAGGGAUUUUAAAGCCAAACAAGGAUUCAUUUUAUUAAAAAAAAAUCUUAAAUGGAUGAAUAAAUGGUAAGAGAUGGGGGACAGCAAAAUGAAAAAGCCCUCAGACUUUAAUAAUCAGGUUCUCUAGAAAAUCAUGUUUGGAUUUCUCCAUUUUUGGUUUUAAAUUUCUGAAGGAGCUCAAAUGUUUGAAUGUUUUUAAACAUUAGCUUAGCUUAGCAGCAUAUAAAGCUGGGAAAACUGAAUCAGAAACUUAAUCCUAUCUGGACAAAGUGAUAAACUUCCUUUUUAAAGUGAACAAACAGACUUUUAAUGUCCGGAAAACAGGUUAAAGUUUGAAGGACAAAAAAGGUGUGUUUCUUUUUUUUGUAUGUCUAAAUGUACAAAAAUCAGCUGGAAUUCUGCAGGAGGUGUGAUCAUGAUUUACUGCUGGUUUACUGAAGGUUUUAAAAGCUCCUCCAGUAUCUUUCACACAACAUCUUCAGAUGGAGCAUGAAAAAAGGAAUCCUUUGUGCCUUUGAAUCAGCCAGCAGCAGCUAAAGGCUAAUAUUAUGAAUCUGUUCAAAUAAAAAGGAUGCAAGGUGAAAGCAAAGCAAUAAACCGACCAGCCUCAAAUUUCAGGGCUGACAUAUAGUGAGAAAUAAUGAAUGUAGUCUGUUGACUACGUUUUAUUUUAACCAGGUCAGGUUUUUUUUUCAGCUUUGGGUUCCAACUCCUUCACAAAGCUUAAUUUGUGCCAGUUGUUUCCCUUUACAGACCCUGAGAAAUAUUUCAAAUGAUCUAAUCCUGUUUUUAUUGCAUGGAAACAGGGAGUCAAAUGAAAGCAAUACUUCUGUAAGCUUUGCAUUUCAAUUUAGUAUAAAGUGAAACACAGGGAGCUUUAAAUAGCUUAACUCCUCCAAAAAUAAUUGUAAAAAUAUUAUGAAAUAAUAUAUUAAAUCAUUUCAAAAAUAGAUACUUUUAAAAAAAGAUACUAUUUAGAGGAAUCUGUUCUAGCAGAUCAGGUCCUCAAAGUCAAAGCUUUUAUUUUGAAACCAAUCCUCUUUCCUUUGUCUUUGUGGUAGAAAAAAACUAACCAGAUUAAAUAAUAACACAUUUUACCACUUAAAGGUCUAUAAGUGAAAACAAUAUGUUUUAAAAGUAAAAGUAAUGACAAACAGGUUAGAAAGAGGAGUCAGAUGUUGAAGCACAGAAUGCUUUAUAAAUGUUAAACAGAUUGAACCCAAUGAUAGAGUAUACACUGGCAAAAAAAAUUACAUUUUGAGAAAAUGUAGAAAGAUUCUGUUUAAUACUUUUGUUGUGAAAUUCUCACUUGUUGACAAGCUUUUAUUAUGAAAAUAAUGUAUUUCAGUAUUAAACCCCAAAGGGUUUUUUUUUCUCCUGUACACACAGGUUCUUAGGAUUAUAAACUGAACAUUAUUAAAACAUAAAGUGCAGGUGACAAAGCCUUCAUGGCUGCAGAACUGUUAAUAAAGCUACCUUUUACAUUUCACUUUGAAAAAGGGAACAAUUUCUUAAAAUAAGGACAAUUUUAAGGAAAAAUAUUGGAUUCUGUGGUUGAUUUUUUUUCCUCAUAUGAAGCUUUUCACUUCACAGCAUUUUAUUUUGAGAUGUCGCCAUAUGUAGCACUUUAGGUUUUAAUUUAUGCAUUUAAAAAUAAUCUCACCACCAUGUGAAUUUUUUUUUAUAUAGUAGAAAAAACAAACUGGAGGUGUUUAUAGCACUUGGGCAAUAGUUGCUUUGAAAUGUCGCACAAAACCCUGACCAAGUAAUGUAAAAACAACUACAUGUACUGUAGAACUUUAUUAAACAUGAUUUAAUCCAGUUUGAAUUAGGAAUCACGCUGAGAACUAAAAUAACGCAGAGAAAAGCUGAGCCUCUGUUUCAGCAGCAGCUCAGGUCAGCCACAGCCUGCAGGGAGAUCAAGGAUUUGGGAAAAUUCAGAACCAGGGAUGAACUUUUUCUUAAAAUCAUUCCAGUUAAUCCACAGCCUGAAGAGCUGACAGAAAAGAUUUUUAUUGAAGUGCCAAAAAGUUUUUAUCCUUACAUGUCUGAGGUUAUCAGACAUAUUUUUGAUACAGCGCUCUGCUUUACUUUGUUCUAAAAGCUGUGCUUCCUGACUGUUGUAUAUCACAGAUCAAAUGUUGGUGUAAAAUGUUGAAAAUGUUCUCGUUUGGGAGUUUGAACUUAUCAAGAUGAUGCUCCGCUGUUUUUUAGGAAAAGGCCUGAUGUUUAAUAAACAGAGGGUUUAGUCUGCUGCCCCCUGGCGGUCAGAAUCACUCAGUGCAGCCUCAGAAGGUACAUUUAAAAAAAAUGGAUUUUUGAAAAUCAAACUAAAGAAGAGUUUCUUAAAGUUUUUAUUUUAGAUCUGUAAAGCACUUAGCCUUAAAUUCUUCAUGUUCUGUUUUAUUUCUUAUUGAAUGCAUUUGGAAAUGUGAUGCUCUGCUUGUGAUAACAGUUUCAAAUGUUUUGAUUUUUGAUAACCGAAGUGGACGAAUUAAAUCUUUAACCAAAGGCUACACUAAAGGAAAACCUAAAAUUUAAUUGACCAAAGUAAUUUAAACAAAUGGUAACUGGCCAUCAAAAUGACAUAGCAGUCCCCACACUUAUGUCAAAAGUGUUUUUGGAUUUCGAUUUCUGAUCCCUUGGUGGCGCUUUGGUUUAAUAUUUCAAUUCGUGUCAACUGCCUGUUAUCAGUGUUUUAAUUAAAGUGUUUAUUCUUAAGCUAUUAAACUACAGUAAAGACAGUCUGUGGAUUUCUUUUU